UUCUUUUCAAAAGCCUCUCGAAUUUUUACCAAAAAGAAAAUUCAACCAAGAGAAGUUGGAGUUGGUCUCGCGAAGAUCAAAAUUACUCUCAGAAAUCUGGUGAAUUCGUCUGUUCCCUUUGUCGAUUAUUAUAUUCUGAGCAUGAGAUUGGAUUAGAACAGGGUUCGUGAUGGGUGCUCCUAAGCAGAAAUGGACUCAAGAAGAAGAGUCAGCUCUAAGGUCCGGCGUUAUCAAGCAUGGACCUGGCAAAUGGCGCACCAUUCUCAAAGACCCUGACUUUAGUGAAGUCUUGUUCCUCCGUUCCAAUGUUGAUCUUAAGGACAAAUGGAGGAACAUGAGUGUCAUGCUGAAUGGGUGGGGAUCGCGUGAGAAGUCUAGGGUUGGUGUUAAAAGGACGCCCUCUCUUCCUAAACAGGAAGAUACCUCGCUUGCCGCCGAUUCUAGCCCGUUGCAGAGUGAUGAAGAAAUGGCAGAAGAAGAUGCCACUGGCACUUCUGCACCUAAUGUAAGGCUGGAUAGCCUCAUAAUGGAAGCAAUAUCUACCAUAAAAGAGCCCGGUGGCUCUAACAAAACAUCAAUUGGUACCUACAUUGAGGAACAAUAUCACGCUCCACCAGACUUCAAACGGUUGCUGUCAGCCAAGCUAAAGUACUUGACAGCUCGCCGGAAACUUAUCAAGGUUAAGCGCAAGUAUAGGAUUCCAAACUCCACUCCAUUGUCUCCCCACAGAAGAAAACAGUUGGGGUCAUCUUCUGGAAAACAGAGAAGUCUCUCUUUGCCUUCCCCUAAAACAGACGGAGAUGAAGUCAGUGUUGAGGCAAACGCACAGAUUGAUCCGGAGUUAGACAGAAUGAAGACUAUGAGCGUACAAGAAGCGGCAGCGAUUGCAGCACAGGCAGUUGCAGAGGCAGAAGCUGCCAUGGCAGCGGCUGAAGAAGCUGCAAAGGAUGCUGAGUUAGCAGAAGCGGAAGCAGAAGUAGCUCAAGCUUUUGCAGAGGAAGCUAUGAAGACACUGAAAGGAAGAUACAACAACUGCAAAGUGAUGAUUCGUGCCUAAGAUGAUGGAGAGAGAAGCUAAAUGUGUUGAGAGAGAGAGAGAGAAGUAGUGUGUUGUGUGUUUGAUGAUGAUUCUCUACUUGGAAACUCUUUUUAGUUGUAAGCAGUAAUUAUAUGUGAUGUCUGUUACUUGUUUACUUGUUCCUUACAGUUUUAUAUAGAAUACUCUUUUAUA